AUGUCGAGCUCGGUAAAACCACGCGACUCUGCACUUAACGCCAUUAAGCGGUAUAUGGCUAAGAGUACGGACGAUGCUUUCACGAUGGAUGCAGAAAGCAUAAAAAGUUAUAUGCAACUGCUCAGUGAACAGUGGACUCGCUUUAAUAACGCUCAAGACGCGGUCGAAAUUUCGUGUGGAAGUGACAAUAUAGACAUUGAAGAAAGUGUGCGAAUUCAAGCUGAGACGUGGUACUCUACGGCUUUAGCAAAUUUCAAUCGCGUACAGAAGUGUCGUGCCGAAGCGCAACCCGCGUCCCUGACAACGCCUGUGUCUGCAGCAAUACGGCUGCCAAAGAUGGAGCUGCCAAAAUUCUCUGGGGACUCCACGGAGUGGAUCGGUUUUUUUGACGCAUUUUCUACCUUGUUCGACUGUAAUGCCGCAUUGUCAAAUGGUCAAAAACUUCACUAUCUUCGUAGUUGUUUAAGGGGUGACGCGUUAAAAAUCAUAAGUGGGUUUAAGAUAUGUGAUGUUAACUAUGAAGAAGCUUGGGACCUACUAAAAUCGCGGUAUAAGGUCAUGCGCGUUAUAGUUGAAGGAUAUUUUAGAGCUAUGGCCAACGGAAAGAGGGCAGCUAGUGAUACCGCCGACGCAAUUAAGGGAGUGAUCGACGCCUUCCAGCAACACAUACGCGAGCUUAAGGCUUUGGGACGCCCAGUGGAAUUUUGGGACGAUUGGCUAGUGUACGAAAUAGUAAAUAAAUUAGACUUCGAGACACGAAAGCAAUGGGAGCUAUCACUCGUCACUGAUGUGCCUCCGUCAUUCGAACAGCUGUCCACGUUUUUUGAAGUUAGUUGUCGUUCUCUAUCAAUGCUAUCAUCGUCAACGGUAUUAGUGCCAGCUAAGGUGCAAGAUCAGAACAGCACGGGCUGUACAUUUUGUAACGGGCCACACAAAAUAUACAGUUGUGAAAAAUUUCGGGACCUUGACGCAAACGGUAAAUCGAAAUUUGUGAGAGAAUCGCGCGUGUGUAUGAACUGCUUGAGUUCAGGCCAUUAUAAGGCAAAGUGUAACAGCACAUCUGCAUGCAGGAUUUGCCAUCAAGGCCAUCACACGCUGUUGCAUAAUACUGCCGCUACAACUAACGCUACAACCGUUGCUCAUUUCGUCAACAGCGCCUCUCUUAGGCCUUUCUCCCCCGCCGCAGACGUCAUGCAUCAAACGAACGCAACCGUUUCAUCCGCUAACGGUCCUUCCACAGACACCGCUGCUGCGUGUACGUCUUCCUAUUUGAAUGCCAAUCCCAACCAGCCUCAUCCAAGAGAAAGAACUGUGCUGUUGGCGACCGCCUUAGUCAAGGUACGCGGUUGCUCUGGUCAUUGGCAACCCGCUCGCUUGCUGUUUGAUUCUGGUUCGCAUGCUUCCUUCGUAACCGAGUCAUGUGUACAACGCUUGGGAUUACCGCGAAGAGGGUCCGCAAUAUUGAUUUCUGGAAUUGGUUCCCCCCAAGGGAUACGCUCCAGAGGUGAAGUAUUACUUUCAUUAUCAUCUCAUUUUUCAGCCCGAUGCAUUACUGCAUUGAUUCUGCCUAAAAUCACAAGUGAUUUGCCAACACAGCCCUUGAAGGUGUCGGCGUGGCCGCACAUACAAGAUCUGCUUUUAGCCGAUCAGCACUUCAUGAAACCCGGGCGUAUCGAUAUCUUGGCCGGAAUGGACGUCAUGGGACAGCUCCUCUGCUCGGAGAUUCGUAAGGGGCCACCUGGUACGCCCAUGGCUCAACGAACGGUUUUCGGUUGGAGGUUAUUUGGAAAUGUCGACGGAUCCGAAUCCACUUCGCUCGGCUUACAGUCUCUGCAUUGUGAAGUUCAUUUAGAUCGAGCACUCACUAGACUUUGGGAGUUAGAAGAAGCACCGAAAAAGGCCCACCUCACCUACGAAGAACGCUAUUGUGAAGAGCUUUUCGAAAAAACGCACAGAAGGUCACCUGACGGUCGAUUUAUAGUAGAGCUGCCGCUGAAAUCUGACGUACCCUUGGGAACAUCACGAAGUUAUGCUGUUCGAAGUCUACUAAGCAUCGAAAAAAGACUUGCGCGAGAUGACGACCCUCGCCAACGCUGA